GAAGUCAUACACAACACCAUCUUGAAAAGCAGACUCUUGUGCUUGCUGUUGCAAAGUAAGCUAUGGCACACGCAGAAGAUGCUGGACUCAAAGGCAAAAUGAACUAUGCAAGAUUCAUCAACCGUGUAAGUGCAGCUAGAACGGCAUCGCCAAUUCGGUUACUGACUGAACUUCAGCAAAAAAUGCCACCUUCCUUAAUCUCAUUAGCUGGAGGAGUUCCCAACCCGAGCACAUUUCCUUUCCAGACUGCUACCUUCACCCUGAAAGAUGGAGGUAGUUUGGUAUUUGACCAGAAAAUCAUGGACAAAGCACUACAAUAUUCCGGAUCAUCAGGAAUCCCAGAAUUACUUUCAUGGGUAAAGGAUCUUCAGAAAAGCCUUCACAAGCCACCAAAUGCCAAUAAUGGGAAAAUGGAAAUGUGUAUCACAACAGGCAGCCAGGAAGGAAUGUCUAAGAUGUUUGAAAUGCUUAUCAGUCCUGGAGACAAUGUGUUGUUAGAUGCACCAACCUAUUCUGGAACACUAACAGCACUAAGGCCACUAGGUUGUAACAUAAUUAAUGUAGCCAGUGAUCAAUAUGGAAUGAUCCCCGAAUCUUUGAGAGAUGUUCUAUCUAAGUGGAAUAAAGAAGAUGUUAAGAAUCAUAAUAGCACCAUUCCAAAAUGUCUUUAUUGUAUUCCAAAUGGAGGAAAUCCUACAGGGGCUUCCUUAACUGAGGACCGCAAACAUAAGAUCUAUCAGCUUGCAAGAGAAUAUGAUUUACUUAUUAUUGAAGAUGAUCCCUACUAUUUUCUUCAGUUUCAAAAGCCUUGGGCUCCAUCAUUUUUAUCAAUGGAUGUUGAUGGUCGUGUUGUUAGAUUGGAUUCAUUUUCAAAAAUUCUUUCAUCAGGGUUACGAAUUGGAUUUAUGACUGGACCGAAACCUCUUGUUGACAGAGUUGUUUUACACAUUCAGACUUCUACAAUGCAUACCAGCACUUUUACACAGGUUAUGGUCUCACAGCUGCUUCAUAAAUGGGGACAGGAGGGAUUCCUUAAGCAUGUGGAUAGUGUGGUGGAUUUCUACAGAAAACAGAGAAAUGCAAUGCUUACUUCUGCUGAUAAAUGGCUUAAAGAGGUUGCUGAGUGGCACUGUCCUUCUGCUGGCAUGUUUUUAUGGAUCAAGCUCAAAACAAUUCUGGAUACGGAUGCCCUGAUCAUGAAAAAAGCCUUAGAAAAAGAGAUACUACUCGUACCAGGAGCUGCGUUCAACAUUGACCCUUCACAGCCCUCUCCAUAUUUGAGAGCUGCAUUCUCACAGUCAACUCCUGAGCAGAUUGAUCAGGGUUUUCAGAGACUGUCAGAGUUAAUCAAGGAGGCCAUGUAGAAAGUUUUCAGAGAAGAACCAUGUUAAAAUUAAUAGAUGAAGUCAACAUGGAAGUUUUGCUCAAGUAUAAUUGCUAUUUUAAUAAAGGACACUAUUCAUGAUUAAGGGCUCACGCUGAAGAGAACCAACAAUCAUGGCAUUAGAAACAAGAUUAGGAAAACUAUUUACAACAUAAAUAUAUGUGCUUGAUUAUCUGGAUAUUUACUGUACCAAUGAUAUUUUUUAAUCUACAGAUUAAUCUUCAGGUAAAGUUAAGGAUAUGGGUUCUGGUGUUAUGUAGUUGUAGCGAUAAUAAGUUUUAAUUGGUUUGUUCCAAUUGAGCUUUCCUGGUGAAGUGAUCAGUUCUUUAGUUCAGCACACUUUGCGCACACACUUACUGUAUGUUUCUGUAUUCUUGUAAAACGUUUACACAAAGUUGCUUACCUAUCAGCUGGCAUUGUGGUCACCCUUCUUAUAUGAUAAAUCUCCUGAAUAGGUAAACAUUCUAAAGAUUACAGCUAUCUUUGUUUAAAUGAAAUACAUAAUAUCCAUUUGUCUCAGUUUUCCAUUUUGGCUUCUUUGUAGCACUUCAGCGUAGGGUGAAAUAAUUUAUUCAAAUAUGUGAUCUUUCUUUGUUUGAAUGUUAAGAAAUUACCAAGAAAGGUCCCACUGUUUACAGAACAUUUUUCAUAAAUUGUUUCACCAUGAUCAAACAGGCUUUAGUAGCUCCCAGCUAACUUGACAAAUUAUUCCAAAGAUUUAGAAUAUUAUAAUAUCUGCCUUGCCUCUCGAGACCCCAGCAGUACUCACAGCUGUAAAUCAGCACAGAGCACACAGUCCCUAAAAACAGAGUGACCAUCCAAGAAGACGACUACUGAGGGAGGCCACCAACAGACAUAUGAGAUCUCUGAAGGAGUUACAAGCUACAAUGACUGAGAUUGGAGAGACUACACAUACAAUAGAUGCUACCAGUUGCAUCGGCAAAGAGAAAGCCACUGUUAAAAAAAGACA